AUGAGCCAGCGACAUCUGGACGUCGAUUUGCCCCACCUGCUUAGCGUCGGCGACACCGAACGGUACCUCAAAGCCGCCCUCGAGGACAUCGUCACAAAUUAUCCGCCGCGCAGCAGAUACCCGCCCGAGACACUCCACGGACUAUGGAGCGGCCCAACCGGCGUGGCAUACCUGCUGCUGCAAGUAUCGGCACGCCGACCUGAGCUGAUCAUCAAGGGCCAGUCUGCCGAGCACUGGGCCCGCGCGUACAUUGCGCCCGGCUCUCGCGGCCACAACCUCCGUCUGGGAUCUCACGGAUGUGGCACCGGCGAUGAGAAGCUGGCGUACGAAGCGGUGCGCUGCGCCGUGUCCAGGGACCUCAGCGACGUCCCCCAGUUCAUGUCGUCCGUGUCGCAGAUCAUGGCCGUCGAGGACUACCCGGACGAGAUGCUCUACGGCCGCGCUGGCACGCUGUAUCUACUUCGCAUGGUCCGGCACUGGGUGCCCGGAAGUAACGACCUGGUCGACCCAGCCAUUUCCGAGAUUUCAAACACCAUCAUGAACCGGGGACCGCGGUGGAGGUGGCAUGGAAAACGCUAUCUGGGCGCGGUUCAUGGCGAUAUUGGGAUUGUCACACAGCUGGUGCUCACCUCGCCGGAACUGGCGUCGCGGCUGCAGCCCAUCGUGGAGAAGUUGUUAGGGGUGCAGCUUGAAGAUGGCAAUUGGCCUAGCUCGGAGGAGAGUGGCCCAAGCGGAAAGGGGCUGGUACAGUUUUGCCACGGUGCUACCGGCUUUGUGCUGUCGCUCUCGGCGCUGCGCCCUCACUUCCCAGGUUUGCAUGCCGAGUUCAAUGCCGCGGUCAAGAAGGGUAGGGAAUGCAUUUGGAGCCAGGGGCUGCUCAAAAAGGAGCCGUGUCUGUGCCAUGGGAUCUUUGGGAAUGCCUUGGCACUGGCCUCUGGCCCACAACGAGAUCACUUCCUCGCCGUUGCCACGCCGGAAAACGUUGCGCGCAUGAAGAGCUCGGAUCCUACGGUGUUUGAGCGGGCGGAUUAUGGUCGUUCGUACUCGUCAACGUCGAGUUAUGCACCCUCUGCCGUCUGGACUUGGCUGGUGCGACAGGAGGAAGAGCCCAAGAUGCUGGGAUACAGCGAUGUCUGA